ACACUUCAAGAAUGAGUCCACCACAAGAGAGAAGUAGAAAUUCCUGCAGCAGUGAGCCUCUGGCAAAGUGCCUUCAAGCAAAGAAGGACUUGGAAACAGCUAUAUCUGGAAUUGUCAAAGCUGAACAACAGAUUAAAGAGAACUGGCGGGAGGUAAAAGCCAAGAUUCACAGCCACAUAAGCCGCCACCUGGAAUGCCUGCGCAGUCGGGAAGUUUGGCUGUUUGAGCAGGUAGAUCUCAUCCAGCAGCUGAAAGAGGAGGCGUUGCAGCAGCAGGCGCAGCAGCUCUAUUGGUAUUUGGGACAAUUCAAUUGCCUUAUUCAUCAGCUGGAACGCUCCUACAGUAACGAGCUAGCAAAACAGAUUUCAGUUUGCCUGGAGAGACUGGAAAGUCUUACUCUUAAACCAGAGGAGUCUUCCAUCCUGAAUUUUGAGGCUGACACAUCUAACCUUCGCCAGGCUAUUACCUCAUUUGGUUCAAUUAAAACGAUGCAAACCUCAGAGAGAGAGAAUACUUCUCCCUGGUUCCCAGGGCAGAACUGUGCCCUAAUGAACUGUGAGCAGAAAACAUUGUGUGGGACAGUGAGUGACUCGCUUGCUGACUGGUUACUUGGAAGCAGACCUGUGGGUGCUUGCCAGGCUCCGUAUGUUCCCAGCACCAAUCUUGAAGAAUGGGUUACACAAAAAUGUGUGUCAGAGCCCAGCCAGGAUUUAAAUUCUUCCAAAGUCUGUUACUUUGAGCAAGCCUGGGGAAAUCUGAAAGAUUUGGAAAACUGGCUCCUACAGAAUCAACAGCGUAAUGUUGCUGGGAAGACAGACUCCCCUGGACGCAAGGACUCCACCUCUACUUUCAGCUCAUCCUUUUCCACUAUUGAAAAGCUGGAGGAAUUGGAAUCCCUUGGACAAGAAGAGAUGGACCUUUCUGACUGGCUGCUUACUCCUGACACAAAAAAUGGCAGUGGUGCUUCAGACGAGAAAUGGAAGUAUGAAUUUAAACCUUUUAGGGAAGAAUUUAAUUUGAAUGAUUGGCUCCUCAAAGCUGAAACGUGUACCAGUUGUCGUGGCAGCCAGAUCAAAAGUGUGGAAAUUGAGAACCUGGGAAAUCUGAAGUGCCUGAAUGAGCAUCUUGAUGGAAAGAAAUCACCCACUACAUCUGCUGUAAAUGCUUGGCUUCUUCAGCAUCCCCAGGCCCCAUUUAAGGUGGAAGAUGUGUGCAAAGCUAAUGAGCUGUGUGCCAGCUUUUCUGAGUGUGUGUGUGAUGAAAACUGUGGAAAAGAGGCUCUGUGUAAAUGGCUUCUGAAGAAAGAAGGGAAGGAUAAAAAUGGAGUCAGCCAGAAAGAUGUACCAAACCCUGAGCACGAGAAGACAAAGUCUGUUGCCAGUACCUGGCUUAACCCCACACAGCAGCUCACAGGGGAACCUGUUAGUUCAGAGAAAGCGGAUUAUUCAGCAGAGAUCGCAGAACCCUUGAAAGUAUUGCUGGAAAGGCCCCUGACGAGCUGGCUAGCCAAGUCUGAGCACACGGCAGAAAGCGCAGAAGAGAAGGCGAGUAGGGAGAAAGCAGAUAAUAAUUUCAAGAGUCCUUUCCUAGACCUCUUGGCUCCAUUCCACCUCCCUUUGAAUGUAAACAGUUGGGUGUUGACUUCAAACAAUCUAGAAAAUGCUAACCCGCCUCCAGCAGAAGAUAAAUGGCUUCUACGCAAGAAAGCACAGGACUUUGGCCUUCCUACAGUUUGCGACCUUUUUGCCUGUAUGAAACUCAAUGGAGAUAAAGAAAAAUGGCUGUAUCGGACUCCUUUACAGAUGUGAAGAACUGGAAGCAUUGAAAUCAUCCCCUUCCCGCUGAUCAAUCGCACAUCACGCUGAGUGACUGCAGCCACCUGAAUUCCUGUGUUUGUGUUUGGCUGUCUGCUUUUUCUUCUAAAAUUAUAACAAAAAGAAAGAUUACUCAUAUAACAGAGUUAUGGUGCAGAAGAUGCCUUUUUGUUAUGAUUAAUUCUGAAAUGUAAACCCACUGAGCAUAAGCAAUCUGAUACUAUAGAGGUGUUAGUAAAUUCGCAUCUGUUAUGGGACUGCGUGAAUCUU